GUGACAAACAAGUCUUCAAAAUCAAUGGCAAUACGGAUCCGUUUGUGGCGAAGACCUCGCAGUCAUUAUUACUGCAAUCAAUGCUAACGGCGGGUACUGUCGGCCAAACCUCUAACCGAGUGUUGGCUACCUAUGGCUCCGAAACCGGCGAUCAUAUCAUUGAACCCAAUGUCGUGUCCAUUGACUUGAAUCCCACCGAAAGUGUUAAACGAAACACUUAUCCAAUAGUUUCCGCAGACAAUGGCCUCGAAGUCCUGCCACCGAUGGGUGACGACGGGACACAAGCGGCGGAUAAGCAGUUAAAAGCCAAAGAGGAGAUCAUUGAUAUACUGGACGACAGCGACAGCGAAGACACGACAGCAACACCAGUCACUCCAAUGGUUCCAACGGCUACUGUCAACCACUUAAGGAGUUCGUCCGUCACUGUUAAUCAAACGGCAGAUCUGUGGCUACAAAACUCGUUAAUAACUCAGCUGUUGAACAAACCCACG